AUGAGCAAUGUCGCUGGCUUUACAGAUCUGAGAAAAGUUUACGAUCCCAACUCUAUCAUUGUAGAGCUGUACUUUGGUCAAAGUCUUCAACCCAUACGCUGCAUAGCUGUGACGUAUGAUAGUGAUACAUACGUCACGAGUGAUCCGAGUUCUUGUCAAAACUAUGACACAUGUGAGCUGCUCGAUCUCGAACGUGCUAAUGUAGAUACAACAACAGAUUUCUCGGACUUUAGUAGAAUGAUUUCCACAGGUGACACAAUUACAGGGUCAUAUGUGAACUCAAUACUAGGAAUCCGGUUGAAUGACACUAUUCGUACCUUCAAUGCUACUUUUGCAGUUGCAUCCUCAAGCGACGUUCCUAUAUGUGUGUUGGGGUUGGGUCCCAAAAAUGGAGAGUCUACUGGGGUGCAGAUUGAAAAUGGGAUUGUGUCGCCAACUUAUAAAAGUCUACCUAUCCUUUUGAAGAGUGCUGGGCUAAUUAAAUCAACAUCUUACUCUUUGUUUGUAGCAGACAACAGCGGCUCUCUAGCUUUCGGUACGGUUGAUCACACCAAAUUCGAAGGGUCCCUUCAACUGGUGCCUAUAGUCGAUGUUAGCGUGGACGGCGAGCUACUAGAGCAUAUUAAGGCACCAUUGGAGAUCCAAGUUGUUCUACUGGGUAUCUCGCUUGAAUCGAAUGGUACACUUUAUCCCGUUCUGCAAAUGGAGAGUCCUGCUCUUCUUGCAAUUGGCAUGCAGGCGACAUACUUGCCUCAGAAGUUCUUGGACGAGCUUGUGGGGUUUUAUGGUCUACUUUAUCAUGAUGAUUUAGGCGGUUACCUUGCUCCAUGUGAUUUACCUGGUAGUCUUGUAUUUAAUAUCAGCGGUGUCCCGCUCACUACUGCACUCAAAGACUAUCUCACAGAGACACCGCUCACAUUUUCCGAUCAACAAAAGGCUUGCUUUCUUCAGCUGCCACCCACAGGAAACAUUGAUUAUUGUGCCUUGGGUAACUCGCUGGCUAUGUCCAACUACAUUGCAGUUGACUUGGAUGCUCUCAUGAUUGGGGUGGCCCCGCUAAAGACGCAGCCAGACGACGGGCCAAGUCAGAUCCAAUCCAUCCCAGAAGCUUUCAGGAAAGCUGUUCCAGCUCCUGUGCUACCAGCCAACACUUACAAUAAGUCAGAUCUAGUCGCGAUACCUUUGCCUAGAGCCAAGAAGACCUACACGUUGAAUAACGGUGGGAAGCUGCAAAUAAGUAGUUUUUACACUAUAGUGUGUUUAAUAACAUAUAUGUUUAUAAUUAUAUAA